UAACGGAUCAAUCUAUGAAGACGCUGACGCGCCCCUGGAUUGGUGCAUGUGGACUAUUGUAAACAGACUGCACAUUUGUGUAGUUCAUCGCUCGAGCCACUGCAACGCUCAGCCAGUAAAGUAGAGAGUCGUGCUGUAUGGCCUGUGGCUGCUAUAACAAAGUGUCACUGCUCGCGCUCGCUCAAGUUCUCAUAACGCAGCGCACGAUGCAAAUGAAUGGCAAUUCUUUUCUGGCCCGCUUUCAAGACUUGAACUGCAGUGUUAUGAGUGGGUGUCCAUAAGACAUUAACAACGAAACCCACGUUGUUGCCUUAUUCUUCCUGUCCCACUGUUGCUUGCUAAUAAGUGUUGUUUAAGUUAAUACUAGUGUCAGCAGUCAACGCGAGUCUGUGAAAAAAUUCGCCAAUCAUAAACCCUGAGUUUUUAACCAAUUUGCUCGAAUAAAUCAAAAAGAAAGUCGAUAUUUCUCGAACUUUACUUUCUUAAUAUAAUCAAUUCCCUGUGACUUAUUGCUCUGGAGAAGAAACCGAUGUCUCUUUGUGUAUCUACAAGUACAAUAUUUACAUACGUUAUUUAUUAUAUCAAAUGGAAGACGUGAUCUUUUUUAUACUCUCUCUCUGUUGAAUGUUAAAAUUUAGCUUUCUAAUACACAUCCAUCACUGAAAUUAGGUUUCUAACAACAACAUAAUGCAUUUUGAUCUGUGUACCAAACAAUAGUGUUGUUGGUAUAAAUUCUCAAGUAAAUAGAAACAAAAACAAGAGAUGGGUUUUGAUGUUGCUCGUUUUCAAGGACCUGUUGACGAAGAAUUAGUGUGUCCAAUUUGCUCUGGAGUUCUUCAAGACCCUGUGCAGGCACCAGCUUGUGAACAUGCAUUUUGUAAGACAUGUAUUAAUGAAUGGAUUAGCCGACAACCUACUUGCCCAUUAGAUCGGACUCCAAUAACUUCAGCGCAACUUUUACCAGCUCCAAGGAUAUUAAGAAAUUUACUCUCACGUCUGCGUAUUAAAUGUGACAAUUUUGUUCAUGGCUGUCAACAAGAUGUUAAACUUGAUACAUUAAUGGCUCAUCUUGAAGAGUGUGAAUUUAAUCCUAAAAGACCCGUUCCUUGUGAACAAGGUUGCAGUUUAAUCAUUCCCAAAGAUGAAAUGAAGAAUCAUAAUUGUGUUAGGGAACUAAGAAAUUUAGUUCAAUCACAACACCAAAAAUUGACUGAAAUAAGGAGAGAACUAAAUGAACAACAAUUCCAACUAAAUGAACAAAAAAGAGAAGUUAAUCUUUUAAAGGAUUUUAUGAGAGCUAUGAGGGUGUCCAACCCAAUAAUGCGAGAUAUUGCAGAUCAGAUGGAACGAGAUGAAAUAGCUAGAUGGUCCAUCACUUUGCCAAGAGCUAGGGUAACUCGUUGGGGUGGAAUGAUUUCAACACCUGAUGAAUCUUUACAGACACUUAUUAAAAGAACUCUGUCUGAGUAUCAUUGUCCAACCCAUGUAAUUAAUGAACUAAUGGAAAAUUGUCAUGAACGUAAGUGGCCUGCAGGAUUGAAUUCCCUAGAAACGCGUCAAAAUUCUCGUCGUCAAUAUGAGAAUUAUGUUUGUAAAAGAGUGCCAGGUAAACAAGCUGUUGUUGUACUUCAUUGUGACAAUCGACACAUGCCAGAAGAUAUGAUAGCAGAACCAGGUCUUGUAAUGAUUUUUGCUCAUGGUAUAGAGUAAAUGUGUAAAUAUAGAAAAGUAAAAAUUUUAUUUUUUUAAAAGAGUAGCCAUGUCAUUUUAUAAAAUGCUGCAAACAAUGUGAAUAUCAAAGUAUUACGUCAUAUAAUUGAAUUUCUACAACUGCAACAACUUUUUAAAGACUUGCAUUUUAAUUGCUUUUAUAUUGCUUACAAUGAAAUGUUCUAAUAUAUGAAAAAAAUAUUUAUUGAAGUGAUGAGCUAACCAUAAUGUUAUACCAUGUUUAGAAUAAAGACAUUGUGAUAAUUAAUUUAAAAAGUUAAUAUUGAUCAAUUUAAAUUUAACAUAAUUUUUAAAAAUUAAAAGAAUAAUUUAUCACGUUUUACUGGUAAACUGUUAAUUAUACAUUAUUAUGAGACUGUUGAUUCAAUAAUAUCUUCAAGCUCAUUCAGAUUAUAAAUAUAUUCAUGGACUUCAUUAUGGAUUAAUUUAAUGUGAAUGGUUAGAAAAAUAAAAUGGAAAGUUUUUAUACAUAA